UUCAAAAAAAACAGCUGAGCGCGUGCUUAACCUCAAUUUACAUUGUUUGCUUUUGGGGCGCCUUUAUUUAUUGCCUGCCCAAUCUAAUUUGUAUAUUAUGACGAACAACGAUUCAGAGGCUACUACCAGUUCUAGCUGUAGUGGGGAAGCUGCCUCAACAUCUGCCGCAGGCAGAAUGGAAAUCACAGAAAAAGUUAGAGUUCUUUGCUUGCAUGGUUAUCGUCAAGAUGCGGAUUCAUUUAAAAACAAAUUGGGCUCGUUCCGCAAGUUUGCCGGUAAAUAUGCAGAGUUUGUGUUUAUUUCCGCACCGCAUAUCGCGGCGCCCUUGGAGCCAAAUGACAAGCCAAUUGAGCAGCAGCGCAGCUGGUGGGCCAACAAAGACGAUGGCACAUUCAAAGGCACCAACAAAAGUGGACCUGCAUAUGGCUUUCAGGAGAGCAUGCGUGCUGUUGAAGAAGCUUGGAAAACACAGGGACCCUUUCAGGGACUAUUGGGUUUUUCGCAAGGAGCUUGCUUUGUUGGCCUGAUUUGUGGUCUGGCCAAAAAGAAACUCACAUCAAUUCGACCUGAGUUUGCUGUACUUACCUCGGGCUUCAUUUCUGGCAGCUUAGUGCAUAUGAGUGCCUAUGAAGAGCGUAUUACAAUACCCACCUUGCACGUUUAUGGUUUGACGGAUGAAAUUAUACCGAAGGAUAUGAGCGAGUCGUUGGCAGCGAAUUUUAAAAAUGUCGAAGUGCUUGAACAUAAUGGCGGGCAUUAUUUUCCAGCCACAGCAGCACAGAAGCAAGCGUAUAUUAACUUUUUCCAAGAUAGAUUACAGGAAUAUUUGGAACACUUGGAGCUGCAACAGAGCAGUAAUGCAUCGUUUAUCGAUAGCGUCUGCGAAGAUGAUGGCAGCGAUGCCAAUGACGCGGAGGUGGCGGCGGUGACAGCAGCCGCUGGGUCAGGGAUGGAUGAUAGUGAUUAACUGUUUGUUCAU